UCUUUAGUUGCUGCUGAUUAAAAGUGCAUUUCUAUUUCAUACCUAUUCAGGUCUGUUUUUGUUAUCAUGGGCAGCAAUCAAGACUACAUUUGCACAAAAUACUACUGCAAGUCCCAACAACACAUGUAUGCCAGGGAACACUAACAACAACAACCUCAAAUUAAGUGGCCUUAAUGGAGCGUUUGAGAGUCCAAGAGAUCCUUAUCACUUUCAAUAUUACCCAGAAAUGAGCUGUGAUUGGUUCAUUACUGUACCAGAAGGGAACAUUGUAAAACUCAGCUUUGAUCUAUUUGAUAUGGAUUAUGUGGCUGGUGGUUCGCCUUUAUGGUAUUGCUAUGGUGAUUAUGUAGAGGUUCUUGAAGGGAACAGAAGUGACAGUAAGGGUAGUGGAAAGUUGUGUGGUCUGACAAAUCCAGGGAUAAUCCGCUCGAGAAGUCGGUACAUGCUGGUGCGAUUCAGAUCAGAUUUCUUCUCCUCCUCUUAUCACAAAGGGUUUAAGGCUACUUUCACUGCAGAGAAUAAACUCAUUUGUCCUUACUACGGUGAAGCACUUACUGCUUCUGUAUCAGAUGAGAAGACACUGACGAGUCCAGGCUAUCCACUUUUGGCUCCUGCCAGUUUGUUGCCAUGGAGGUGCAGAUGGAUACUUAAAGCACCAGAUGAUCUUUCCACUGGUGGAGCAUACGUAUUGAAAGUUACAUUUGAUUACUUCAAUCUGCAAAAAUAUUAUGAUAAACUCACUUUUCAUGAUGGUAUCAAUUCAACAUCAAAGCUUCUUGGAAAAUCAUAUACCGGAACGGUCCAUCCUGAUGUGAUUUAUUCCACAGGACGUUACAUGUUUGUUGAUUUUUCUGUGAAAGAAAAAUAUUCAUUGGAAGCAGGCAGUUUUAGUUUAAACUUUUCAGCCGUGGUCAGAGAGGAAGCCUUUGGAGCAUGCCAAUCGUCAGAAGGGAAUGUUGAGCGUAUUCGCCUCACUGGUUCCUCUGGUACCCUCUUCUCCCCAUUCUAUCCUACUCCUUAUCCGAAAAAUGUCACCUGUAUUUGGGUGAUUUCCGCUCCUGCUAACAAAAGAGUGAAGCUAACAUUUGAUAAAUUUGAUCUUAAACGGGAGGACAACGUGCGAAUACUUGAUGGGCGUAAGUCGUCGAGUGAAGAGGUAGCUGUUUACCACGGAUACAACUUGUUUAGUAGUGAGUCAGCGGUGUAUUCGAGUGGGAGGUACAUGCGGAUAAAGUUUCAUUCUAGUCUGGCCUCUUGGUAUAGUACUGGAUUUAAAGCACAUUUUGAGACUGUGGAUCCGCCCGGAAGUUCCGAGCAGAGAUGUUUUCCGGGCAACAUUUACAACAACAACCUGAAAUUAUCUGGUUACAGUGGAACUCUUCAAAGCCCAGAGGGAGGAGAAGGGUAUCUCUCUCACUCCAGCUGUAAUUGGCUCAUAACUGUACCAGAAGGGUAUUUUGUGAAACUCAGCUUUGACACCUUUCAAAUGCGUCAUGAUGGAGGAUGUAACGCAGAUUAUGUAGAAGUUGUCGAUGGAAACUACAUCGACGGUAAGAGCGAAGGAAAAAUGUGCGGUUCCGGUACCCCCGAUAACAUCUCCUCUACCGGUCGUUACAUGAUGGUUCUUUUCAGGUCUGGUCCAAUCAGAUCAUCUUUCAGGGGAUUCAAAGCAACAUUUACAGCGCUUCAUGAACCAACAACGAAAACUAAAGCUGUAAAUUCCUACGAGUUGUGUUACCCGGAUAACGACCACAACCAGGAUUUGAAGUUGACCGGAUCAGAAGGGGUUCUAGAGAGUCCGUUGACUUAUUACCCACCGGGUUUAUUUUGUGAGUGGCUCAUCACUGUACCCGAGGGACAACGCGUUGAACUCAUAUUCGAGAGAUUUCAGUUGGAUCCUGGUUGCAGAGAUUAUGUAGAAGUUGAAGAUGGAUUGCCAUUUUCUGGCACAUAUUUGGGAAGAUACUGUGGAACUACAAUUCCCGAAAACGUUCGUUCAAGUCACCGUAAUCGUUAUAUGCGGGUUCAGUUCUACUCUGACCCGGAUUAUGCGGGUAGAAAACCACACAGAGGGUUCAAAGCCACCUUCAAGGCCGUAUCAAGUUCAGAGUCUUCUGCUUUGAUGACAGCCAUUAUUGUAACUUUAAUAGUGUUUGUUGCACUGAUUUCCCUUUUCGUUUGCUUGGCUAAACGAAGUAGAAAGCGAAACAGAGAGGCAGCGGAGAGAAUUGCAAUGGCUCCAGUAUCACGCCGUACUCGGUCUCAACCAGUUGACACCACAACCCCUCAAGUAAGUUACGCUCCAGUUUCAACAAACGCAGAUAUGCCACCCCCAGAUUACCCAUACCCAUUAGAAUCGCCACCACCCUACCCUAGUAAGGAACAGAUUCCACAGUUUCCACCUCCAGGACAGUCGUAUCCAUGGCAGCAAAGUACACCGGCUGAAGAAUCCGUUACCCAUGAGAAUUCGUGACGUUUCUUUGACGAUUUUAACCCUGUUUUGCGUUCGCCAGAUAAGUUGGAGCUUAAAAGUAAGAUUAAGAUUAAGCUUCAGCUGAGCAGAGAGGCUUACUGGGCCCAGUUUUAUAAAGGGCGGAUAAAGCUAUCCGACGGAUAAAUCGCCAUCCAGUGGAUAAGUGAUAGCAAAACGUAUGGCGUCAUCCACCGGAUCGAGAUUUAUCCUGUGGAUAGCGUUAUCCGACCUUCGAACAGCCGGGGCCUGAUCUAUUUGGUCUAUUUCGCUUUCUCGGGAUUGCAUUUACUUCUUUCCGGUUCUUACCCACUUUUCCCGAGCCAAUACUUAAGGAAAAGUAAAAACAAGCACGCCAUAAUUUUACAUAUCGAAUCAUUAUAAUCAUUAUCAUUGUAACCGGUGUUUUCAUACACCCGAUGGGGAAAGCACGAAAGACUGCUAUCUUAGCCGUUGUCUAUCCCUUCGAUUUCUCCGUCAGUCCUGAUCGGCGAAUUAAAACCUCCAAUUGAGACAAUAGAGUUGGUUCGUCAGGUUAUAUCAUCUAAUUAAAAAAAGUAGUUGUAGAGACUUUGGUUAUUAUGAAUUAUAGAGGAAAAAUGCGAAACUUACCAAACGGAUGAAGAGAAAAUAGAUUCUAGUUGAAGUACAUAGUGCAUAGUGGUAUUAUUUUCAAUCUGUUACAGAAGUAAAGAGAAACACAAGGGGCCGGUUAUUUACACGAGGUUUGACCCAAACCGCUGUUUUACGCAAUCAGAGGGCCUCAGGAGGGUUGUUUUAAGAAAUAGAUGCUCUUCACUGUUACCUUUCGGCCCUCUCGACGCUGGUCACAAAUCGAAUGUUCAGAUAAAAGAUUCAGCUUAAUUCAAGAUAGUUUAGAACGCGGUUUUGUUAAACCUCAGCUAAACAUUGUUUAAAUAACCGGCCCGAAGAGUUGUAACCACCAGCUUCCUUCACUGUUUCCAAUGCAAAUAUUCGGGUAUAACGAGUUCCUUAGUAAGAAAAAGACAUAUUCUUGUUCAUACACAAUAAAAACUGGCGAUGAAUAGAAAGACGUUUCGACCUCUCCGUUUUCCUUUAUCAGGGUCUAUUAAAGUAUGACAAGUUAUUUUUAUGAAAAACUGUCGUGUAAAUAUAAUGGUAUUAAAAACGGAUGUGAAUACAAAAAGCA